UGAGCGAUUUCCACAUUCGAACGUGCCGCAGCAGCCGGUGGGACGCGUUUAAAAACCGUGCUUCACAGCCGUGAAUCGGCACAGUUCGACCAACGAUCGUACAAUCCAACUCGAGAAACAAUCCGAAACAAUCGUAAUCCAAGAAACAUGCAUCUGAAGAAGAUCGUCGCUUUCGUUAUUUUGGGCUUAACGGCGGCCCAACUCGAAGCUGUCCCAACGUCGUCGAAGAUCGAGGAGCAGAGGUUGGAGGACGAGAUUCUGAAAGAGGACCGGAUCUUGGACAACGAGCGAUCGAAGAAAUCGGUGCUUCUUCUCAACAACCAGCUUCCCGUAACCAGCCAGGCCUUGCAAACGCUGCAAACGUCAGCCUCCAAAACCGUCGAAACGCUGAUCCAACCGAACGCUCAGAUUCUCAACGUCCAAUCGGUGCCUCAGACUGUAGAAACUGUCAACCUUCUGCCCAACGGUCAACCAGUGGUCAACAUCCAAUCCUUGCCUCAAACCGUCGAAACUGUCAUCCAAUCCAAUACUCAACCAGCUCAGCUUCUUAAUAUUCAAUCGAGUCCUCGUGCUGUCGAAACUAUCAACGUCCAACCUAACGUUCAACCACUGCUGAACAUCCAAUCCUUGCCUCAAACCGUCGAAACACUCAGCAUUCAAUCGAACAGUCAACCAACUCAGCUUCUGAAUAUCCAAUCAGCUCCUCGAACCGUCGAAACUGUCAGCAUCCAGCAGCAACAACCUCUCAACGUCCAACCCCUGCUCAACAUCCAAUCCUUGCCUCAAACUGUCGAAACACUCAGCAUCCAAUCCAACACUCAACCAGCUCAGCAACUUCUGAAUAUCCAAUCAGCUCCUCGAGCCGUCGAAACUGUCAGCAUCCAGCAGCAACAGCAACCUAUCCUCAGCGUCCAAUCAACUGGAGGCCAAUUGCUUCAAACUUCGAUGCCCCAAACUCUGAGCCUCCAGUCGAACGGUCUUCAGCAACUGGUCAACGUGCCUCAGAUCGUCGAGACUUUCAACGUCCCUCAAACUCUGAAUCUGCAAGCUGGACAACCUUUUCAAACUCUGUUCCCCCAAUCGAGCGCAACGGUGAUCGCUCAACAGUCGGCCAUCAACCCUGUUCCUGUUCCAGCACAGACCAACGUGAACAUCGUGCCUCAGCUGCCGAUCAAGGAGGUGCAGAUCGAGUCCGUCCCGUCCUCUGUCGUCGAGAUCGGGAAGGGAUUCGUCAACCCCCUCGCAGAGGAGAUGAUCGUCCCACCUUUGAAUGAGUUCUCCUUGGCCCAAGCCAAGGAACGGGUCGUAGUCUCGCCGUCCACCAGCUCUUUUUUUACCACGGUCAACAAGGAUCCUGCGACGAACUACGUGCCACAGGUGUAUUACAAUCCUCGACAACCUCUGACCGUUGGGCCGUCGAGAGUCGUCUCGCGAGUACUUUAAUUAUUUUAAUAAUUGAUACGAUAUGCAAAUUAUUGGGUAGAGGGAUGCGAAUUUUAAUCGACGCCAUUCGUGGGAUGAUAAUUAUAUUAAACAUUAUAAAAUUGGGGAUAUAAUAACAUUUGUAGAUAUUUUAAUAUUAUUCCUAUAAUUUGAUUAUAGAGAAAAGGGAUAAGAAUAAAAUUUAUUGGAACGAAUUUUGUUACUCGAUAUUAUUUAUAAUAUUUGAACACGCUCGAAUUGAAAUCCUUUACCUUUAAAAACCGUGCCUGCAACUUCGUCCAACGGACGAAGAUCGAAAUCUCUCUCGAUCUCGAGGUUCCACGUCGAUUUCACGACAUGGAGGAUCCUCGACCAGGACAUCCAGGAACGUUAUAAAAGGAGUCUUAAUCGGAAUUCGAGUCGAAAAGGGACCCUCCCUGAGGAUCUGACCCCGAAAGCGGAUGACGGGCGACCUCACAAUAGAGCGGAGCCCCGAGAGAUUUACGAUAACGUCGCGAGUCGUGCAUUCAUCAUGGCGGAGGGACAGCGCGAGAUCGUCAAAAUCAAGCUCUGACGUCGUCGAACGAAUUCUCUCCAUCGAUCCUUUCACGAUUUUUACGCGAUUCUAAAAGUGAAGAAUCGUUCCAAAGGGAAUAGAUGCUUUUAAAUAAGUCUUUUGGAAAUAAUUUUUUAAUACAUAAAAUCUUCUACUUUGUUUGAUUAUGAUAUUAUUGAAAAUUGUGAAAAUUAUUUUCAUUUCAUGAAAUUACGUUAGGAUGAUUGAAAUAUAAUUUAUAAUAUUAAUAUAUCUAGGAUCUUAUUGGAAUGCAUACAAUUA